AUGGCACAAACAAGAAUCACCCACGGACAAGCAGAACGCGUAGACGCAGCUGCAUCCCUCUUCAGCCACACCUUCCAGGAUGACCCAGCCAUCGCAUACCUGUUUCUCAACGUAUCCCAUGAAGAGCGCGUAUCGUUCCUUGAGUCCUAUUUUAAACGGGGCAUCAAAGCGGCCGUCCUGAACGACUCCCUCAUCACCGAGAUCGAUGACUGGAAAGCGGCCGCUGUAAUAGUGCCGCCCGGAGCGUCCUUGGAAGGCUUCUCGACGAUGCUAGCUUCAGGGAUGCUCAGUGUAAUGUGGCGGAUGGGCAUUUCGGGAUGCUGGCGAUUAUUGACGGACGUCGCGCCGCAGGUAGAUGCCGCGAUCAAGAAAGCAUUUAAAGACCAGCAACCGCGGUACUACUAUCUCUAUGCUAUCGGGACAGAGCAUCAGCAUCAACGCAAAGGCCUCGCCAAGGCAAUCAUCAAGCAAUACCAGGAAAUGGCGCAGAAAGACGACACGCCCAUCUGGCUGGAGGCAUCCAAUAGACAAUCUAGGGAGGUCUAUCUAAAAUUGGGCUUCCAAGAUGUUGAAAUACUUACGUUCGGGAAGGGGAAAGUGUCCCCUGAAGGCAUGCGCCAGCCGGGAGGCCCAGGGGUUCCGGUUUGGGCGAUGAUUUGGUGGCCGAAACGGCAUGAGGAGACCUGA